CUGCGAGUCUAAACCAAUAGAAGGCAGGAUCUGUCUGAAGUCGUCCAAUCAGAGCGGAGCCUUGGCCGCAGUUCGCCUACAACGACGGUCGGACGUGUAACUCAUUUAGAGUUGAACAAAUACCAGGCGAAAAAUAAAAGGCAGGGGUGUGUAUAUGUGUGUGAGAGAAGGGGCAGGCUGCAUUGGGAGCAGCUAUGGGUGAGAUCGAGGGCACCUACCGCUCAUUGCAGACCCCUGCAGGGACACGGCUCGGAGCUCAGUACAACACCGGCAUCAGCACCCUGGAGCCCGGGCAGAGCCUCAGUUCAGCUAUGGGAGCAGGAGGGAAAGGCCACAGCAGGGGCCUGCAGAUCCGUGUCCAGGGCCUGGAUGAUGCUCAGGAGUUCUAUGACCUUGAGUCAAAAGCGGAUGGGCAAACUCUUCACAGUGAAGUGUUCAGACGGAUCAAUCUCAUUGAGAGCGAUUACUUUGGUCUGGAGUUUCAGAACCUGCAGAUGAACUGGGUUUGGCUGGAGCCCACCAAGCUCAUAGUGAAACAAGUGAGACGGCCGAUGAACACACUCUUUCGGCUGUCAGUGAAGUUCUUUCCUCCAGAUCCUGGUCAGCUUCAGGAGGAGUUUACUAGGUACUUGUUUUCUCUGCAAAUCAAGAGGGAUCUAAUAGAAGGUCGACUGAAUUGUACGGAAAACACUGCUGCCUUGCUGGCAUCUCAUUUGGUGCAAUCUGAGAUCGGUGACUUCGAUGACAUAGCAGACAGAGAGUUUCUGAAGAUUAAUAAAUUGCUGCCACAUCAGGAACGUGUGCAAGAAAAGAUCAUGGAGAUCCACCGCAGACACAUUGGGCAGACGCCAGCAGAAACAGAUUUCCAGGUUCUGGAGAUCGCUCGUAAACUGGAGAUGUAUGGGGUUCGCUUUCAUCCCGCCGCUGACCGAGAAGGCACCAAGAUCAACCUGGCUGUAUUUAUCUUUUCUUUUUUUUUUUUUCAGGGCCACACCAAAAUUAACACCUUCAACUGGUCUAAAAUUCGGAAGCUGAGCUUCAAGAGGAAACGAUUUUUAAUUAAAUUGCACCCAGAAGUUCAUGGUCCUCAUCAGGAUACGCUGGAAUUUCUAAUGGGUAGUCGAGAUCAGUGUAAGAUCUUCUGGAAGAACUGUGUGGAGCAUCACUCGUUUUUCCGUCUGUUAGAUCAGCCUCAGCCCAAAACCAAAGCCGUCUUCUUCAGCAGAGGAUCGUCCUUCAGAUACAGUGGGAGGACGCAGAAGCAGCUUGUUGAUUACGUGAGGGACAGCGGGUUGAGAAGAACUCCUUACCAGAGGAGGAACAGUAAGAUUCGCAUGUCGACACGUUCCUUGGCUUCUGAUGUGCCAAAACAGAAUCUGUGUUUUAACGACAGUCUAAGGACUCUAGUACCUCCUUCCUCUGUCACCGCCUCCUUCCACUCCCUGCAUGCCCCCAGCUCACCCAUGCGGAUGGAGAGCCCGAACCAGCCUGUGCAUCUCCAGCAGAAGCAGCAAUCCGCCAGAGCCCCCAGCCCAAUGCAGCAGGACUCCAUCAAGACCAACUCCCAGUCCACCUACGCCUUCCCAGACUCUGCCACUGACAGCCCACAGCCCUCUCCCUUCAACACCCAGGGUCCUCUGUGCCUGUCGCCCUCUUUCCAGAUGUCCACUCUCAGUCUUCCCGGCCAGGCGCCUUCACCCCUGCAGAGCCCCAUCUUGAAUGAGGUGGGCACUGCCAGACUAGAGGAAGACGAAGAGGGCAGGAGGAAGAGAUAUCCCACCGACAAAGCCUACUUCAUUGCUAAAGAGAUUCUGACAACAGAGCGGACUUACCUGAAGGAUCUGGAGGUCAUCACAGUGUGGUUCCGGAGUGCAGUGAUUAAAGAAAACGCAAUGCCUGAGGGUCUCAUGACCCUCCUGUUCUCCAACAUUGACCCCAUCUAUGAGUUCCACAGAGGCUUUCUCAAAGAGAUUGACCAAAGGCUGGCUCUCUGGGAGGGGCGCUCUAACGCUCAUGUAAAAGGAGAUUACCAACGAAUUGGAGAUGUUAUGCUGCACAACAUGUGUGCUCUGAAGGAGUUCACAGGCUAUCUGCAGAAGCAUGAUGAGGUGUUAACAGAGCUUGAGAAAUCCACAAAGCGUGUGAAGAAGUUGGAGACGGUGUAUAAGGAGUUUGAGCUGCAGAAGGUGUGCUACCUGCCCCUCAACACCUUCCUGCUGAAGCCCAUCCAGAGGCUCAUGCACUACAAACUCAUCCUGGAGCGUCUGUGUAAGCAUUACGCCCCCCAGCACAGAGACUACGAUGACUGCAAAGAGGCUCUGAAAGAAGUUGCAGAGAUUGCUGCUCAGCUGCAGAGCAGUCUGAUUCGACUGGAGAACUUUCAGAAGCUGACAGAACUGCAGAGGGAUCUGAUUGGCAUUGAGAACCUUACGGCUCCGGGAAGAGAAUUUAUCAGGGAGGGUUGCCUCUACAAGCUCACCAAAAAGGGUCUGCAGCAGAGGAUGUUUUUUCUCUUUUCAGACAUGCUGCUGUACACAAGCAAAGGGGUGACUGCAACCAAUCAGUUCAAAGUUCAUGGACAGCUUCCUCUGCAUGGGAUGAUUGUGGAGGAGAGUGAGAAUGAGUGGUCUGUUCCUCACUGCUUCACCAUAUAUUCUGCUCAGAGGACCAUUGUGGUGGCAGCUAGCUCCAAAGUAGAGAUGAACAAAUGGAUUGAAGAUCUGAACAUGGCUAUUGACAUGUCAAAGAAAUGUCAGGAGAAAUCAGAUCUUCUGUUGGACCCAAGCCUGUGUGAUCGCUCCAACAGAUCAUCAGAUGAAGUGUCUCUGGAGCAGGAGUCAGAGGAUGACAUGAACUCUUCCCGCUGCUCUCUGGAAAAGCAGAGCCACCACAGGGCCAACACCACCAUGCAUGUGUGCUGGCACCGCAACACCAGCGUCUCUAUGUCUGACCACAGCCUAGCCGUGGAGAACCAGCUGUCUGGUUACCUCCUGAGGAAGUUCAAGAACAGCAACGGCUGGCAGAAACUCUGGGUCGUCUUCACCAACUUCUGCCUGUUCUUCUAUAAGACACACCAGGAUGACUUCCCCCUGGCCAGUCUGCCGUUGCUAGGUUACACAGUCAGCACCCCGGGAGAAUCGGAUAGCAUCCAUAAGGAGUACGUCUUCAAGCUGCAGUUCAAAUCCCACGUUUACUUCUUCAGGGCAGAGAGCGAGUAUACAUUUGAAAGAUGGAUGGAGGUGAUCAAAAGUGCAGCGAGCUCCGCGGGACGCAUGAGUCUGCUUGUACCCAAAGGCCCAGCAGAGAUGAACGGGGGAAGCUGAGUGUGUCAGACUGAUCUCCUGGAGCUGAGGGCUGGGCCCACUGUCUGCCAGGCCCAAACACACCAUCAUCAUUUUAUCCUUUCUGAUUUGUGGCUCUGAGAAGCAUCAUCAUAAUAACUUGAUUCUUGACUGUUAGUGCUCUGCUUGCUGGGAGUUUGAGCUGCUUAUUGAAACCUCGGAUUGAAGAAGUUGGUCGGAAAGUAAGCGCUCUGUAAUUCUCUUCUCUAAAUCUUUUCUUCUUGUUUUCUUGCUAAUGAAACAAAAAGUGGGCGUCUUGCUUUUCUAGAACCACAUUAGACUGAAAGAAUUCUUAUAGAAACACAUUAGACUGAAUUAAGUUAUGUUUGUGUUUAUCUUGCUAAGGUUACACUUACUGCUGUAUUUAGGUUUUAAGGUCUUUGCUAAGAUCUGUCAUUAGGAUGAUAUUUAAUGACUCUUGUUACUCCAGUUUAUUCAGUAGAAAUCUAGUCCCACAGGACUACAAAAAUGCUUUCCACAACCUGACUGAAUACUACUGAAUGGAGUGUUGACAAACAGAGAGUUUGUAUUAAGUCCAGCUGGUGCAGUAAGUGAGAUGAAGGACUAGUGCUGAUUUAGAAACAAUGUACCUUGGGUCAGAGAGCACGUUUUCAGGGCGUAGCUCAGAAACUGGAGUUCUAUGAUCGAGCGCCUUGGCACUUUUAAAGGGCUGAUGGUGAGAUGUUUGUACAGGAAGGAACCGGAGAGGAAUAGAAAUGUUAUUUUGAUGAUGAGGCAGCUGAAUUGGCUUGUACAGUAUGUGCUGUCCUCUUCCAGCGUCGGUUAAAGCAUGUCUUGAAGGUCAUUAUUAAGCAGCUGUUACUAUUUAGGGGAUUUUUAAGUUCUGAUCCGUUGGUUUUUGAUCUGACAGCAUUGAUUUUCUUUAAAUCUGAAAACUAAUCAGAUAUUUAUUUUAAAGUGAAGACUGACCAAAAAAUAUUCACUAACCAAACUAAGUGUAAUGUUUUAAAUGAUGUAUUCACAAAUGUUUUGAUUUUUGGGAUACUUGACAGAUAAUAAGCUCAAGUCUACACUAACCCCGUUAUGGGAGAAGAAGGUCAUCCACAGUGCAAUACUGCACUUUACUUUCAGUUUCUGCCCUCUACACACACGGAAGAGAAAAUGGUUCUGGUCAAGUUCAAGUUUAGUCAAAGUUGAAGUUAAAAUGACAACAAUGCAAGAUGUUCUCGGGCGGCCGCUAAAUCCUAAAAUUUAAACUGGGAUCAACGGCUUAAAACUGCCUGUUCCCCUUUUAUUAUAUUGUAUAUGUGACUCUUUUUUUUUUUUUAAAAGCAUAUUAAUAAUUAAUUUACAAGUUCUUUCCCUAUGAUCUAUUGAUAAACAAACUUUUUUUCCUUUUCUUUUUUACUACCAAUAUUUUUUGCUAGGCAUAUCUCACUAUAUAUAU